GUUCAGAGAUGACGGGGGUACGAAGAAUUCUUGGAUUAUGCCUGUUGGCUUGCCAGGUUAUAUACCUCAACACGUUUAUCCUUAACGGAAAUAAAUAUCCGUUCCAGGACACAUCUCUAUCCAUCGAAAAGCGAGUUGAUGACCUGGUGAACAGAUUAAAUAUCCAUGAACACACCCAACAGCUGGCCAUCGGUCAAGGUGCUGCUCCAGACAUAAAGAGAUUAGGAAUUGGACAUUAUGAAUGGUGGACAAAUUGUGGGCGUGGUGAUGUCGGCAACGAUGCGACGUCCUUCCCUGCAGGGAUUGGUUUGGCUGCAGCAUGGGAUGACGAUUUGAUGUUUAGGGUGGCACGAGCCUCUGGCAUGGAAACCAGGGCUUUUAACAAUUAUUGGGUUAAAAAGGGAGUUUAUGGAACUCAUAAAGGAUUGAGUUGUUUCUCUCCUAAUAUGGAUAUUUACAGAGAUCCUAGAUGGGGGAGAAAUCCGGAAACAUGGGGUGAAGAUCCAUACUUUGGCACCGUCUACACCAAUAAGUUUGUGAAUGGUAUCCAUGGUGAUGACAAGAAAUACCUUCUCACAAGUGCAAGCUGUAAGCAUUACGUAACAUCCGGUGGCCCUGAAAAUAUUCCAAUCAGUCGAUGGCUCUUUGAUGCUAAGGUAUCUGAACGAGAUCUACAGACAACAUACCUACCAGGAUUUAAAGCUUGUGUUGAUGCCGGAAGCCCCAGUGUUCUCUGUGCCUAUAAUAAAAUCAAUGGCGUACCAGCCUGUACCGAUAAGCAUAUAUUACAAGAUAUUCUACGUAGAGAUUGGGGGUUCAAAGGUUAUGUUGUCAGUGACUGUGGUGCCAUGGAAGCCAUGGUACAUCGAACUCAUUAUUAUAAAGAUUAUGAGACGGUUGCUACAGAAGGAAUGAAAGCUGGUAUGAACUUGAACUGUCAUGGAUCUACCGAUAACGCCUAUCUCUUUAUAGAUGAUGCGGUUAGUCACAACAAACUUUCUGAAGAUUAUGUCAAGGAGAUGGCUAAACCUCUUUGGGAGACUAGAAUGAGACUAGGUGAGUUCGAUCCCGACCAUGAUGUUAAAUACAGAUCACUUGGAAUGGACAUUGUACAGAGUCAAGCUCAUCGAGAUCUCGCUAUUGAAGCAGCCAUGAAAUCCUACGUUUUAUUGAAGAAUGACAACCAUUUCUUGCCAUUAAACAGCCAAUUUGGAACCAAAGGCAAAUUUGGAACCAUUGCUAUUGUUGGACCACAAGGUGACAACAUCCAUGACCAGUCUGGUGGAUAUUCUCCUAACGUAAUGGCGAAAUACGCAACAUCGGUUAAAGAUGGUUUAAAAGGUCUUGGUAACACAGUCCACACUGUAAACGGAUGUCAGGAUUCUAACCACUGUAAUAAAUAUGAUAAAACUGGUAUCCUGAACGCUGUACAACAUGCUAAUGUAGUCUUCGUAUGUCUGGGAUUAGGUAAUAAAUUAGAACACGAGGGAACAGACAGAAGAGAUUUGAAUUUACCAGGACAUCAACUUGAUAUUCUUAAAGACUCCAUCGCACACAGUCCACAUAAUACUAAGAUAGUACUUCUUAUGAUGAACUCCGGACCGUUUGAUAUUGAACAAUUUGAUAAAAACGACAAAGUAGCUGCCAUCAUUGAGUUGUUUUAUCCUGCCCAGGCUACCGGAGAAGCUUUGAGAAGGUUGAUUUCUCACGAACAUCCAGGAGACGUGUUCUCUGGUAAACUACCAAUGACCUGGAUGACAGAUCUAUCUAAGGUUCCUCCUAUGACCGACUUCUCCAUGAAAGAAAGAACAUACAGAUACAUCUCAUAUACACCUUUGUACCCAUUCGGUUACGGUUUGUCCUACACAACAUUUAAAUACUCCAACCUAAAACUUCAAAUCACCACCGUCCAAGCUGGAGGUCAUAUUAAAGGUUCAUACGAUAUACAGAAUACUGGACCACUUGAUGCUGACGAGGUUUCCCAAGUUUAUGUUAAGUUCGUCAAUCCAUCAGAACCAGCACCAAAAGUACAGUUGGCCAGUUUCCACAGAACCCAUCUUCGCAAGGGAGAAAAGAAAACUGUUCAUUUCAUUGUCCAUGGUCAGAGUAUAUCGCUGUGGAAUGAUACAAAUGGUUGGAUAGUUGCUCCAGGAACUGUAAAUCUAUAUAUUGGCGGUCAACAACCAAAUCAACACAGACAAACCGGCUCAAACAUUUUACAAACAUCUGUUAAAAUCAACGGUAGACAUACAUUUGGAAGAGGACGUGCGGCUAAAUGGUACCCAACAACAAGUUAA